UAUAUUAAUGACGUUUGUCUCAUUCUAUGUCAAAACAAUUAGAAUGGACAGCAUAACUAAUUAUUGAGUAGUUGGUUGAGGCAUGAACGACCAGCCAAGAGUGUAAACAAACACCCACCGCAGCUCACCUGCAGCUCACCGAUCCAGGACGGUGCUCGCUAGCAUGCAUGUUGUGCCUCCGGGAGUAACAUGCGGGUGCUUGGCGUAGGGGUGGGUGUUGUGGUGCUGGUGGUGGUGUGGGCGGCAGCUGCAGUGGCCGUGAUUGCUUGUGGGCGGAGUCGUACAGUAGCAGCAGUGGGGGUUACUGGGAUUGCAGCGGUGCUCUCUCUCCUGCUGCUGCUGCUUCCCCAACACUCACUGCCUCACCAACCCACCGUAGAAGAAGUGGUGAUUGAUCAACUCUUCAUACCUCGGGUGGUUAUAGUACUGGUCUUGAGCUUAUCGGCACUUGCAGCACUCGGAGCCAUCAUUGGUCACUGGACUGAACCCAUACUAGCAGGGCCACUCAAGAAAGUUAAGCUUUAAGAAACUCAGAGACUUUGGUGCAGCUUUAAUAUUUGAUUACCACAAAACGAUAUUGGUGACUGACGACAUAAAGGCAGCUAAAGUUGUAUUUAUACUUAAACCUGUACUAAUCUGCAUAAGGGUUUUCCCUAUAGAAUUAUGACACACAAUCCAGCCAUGCGCACCUUUCUUCAGAGGGUCCCGGUUAGAAUUCUCUUCAACAAUUCUUCUAAAGGUCAACUUUUAACAGCUUCCUCUAGAACCAGGGGCCUUCGUCAGAGUGAAAGCCUAAUGGAUGUGUUUGAAAUACAAAAUGAAGAAGAGUUCAAGAACAAAGUCAUGAGAAACUCGCUUCCAGUAAUUGUUAACUUUCAUGCAGAGUGGUGUGAACCAUGUCAUUCCCUCAAGCCUCUACUGGAAAAAAUUGCUAAGGAAAAUCUUGGCCAACUACAUCUAGCAGAGGUAAUGGUAGAUCAACACGUGGAGCUCCUGCAUGCCUUCGAAGUCACAGCAGUACCGGCUGUGUUGGGAAUCUACCGAGGGAUGGUGAUAGAAAAAUUUGUUGGCUUGGUUUCUCAUAAGGAGGUUAAGGGAUUUGUUGAGAAACUGUUGGAGAAAAAUAAUAAAUAAAAUCUACAAUUAAUAUUUUGGCAACUAUUAUGGUAAAAAUCAUUUACUGCACAGUAUUGUUGACGAAAAGCCAUUGCUCGUUCAUGAAUGGAGAACCUAUGAAAUUCUUGGAAUAUAGAUGAUGAGAUAUAUACAGUACAGUAUUUGGGGUUUGUCUUCCAAAAUUACAGUACAGUAUGAAUAUUUACAUGUACAGUAUGUUAUAUUUGAGUAAUACUAUAUUUUGAGACGAAAAACGCAGCUACCAAUUCAUUACUUGUAUAGCCUUUAUAUAGUGUCUUCCUAGUGAGGAUAUUAGGGAUGAGUGCCCUUGGGGUCCAGUCUCUGAUCUAGUCUCCUGGUCGAGAGCCUGAUCAGUCAGGCUGUUGUUACUACUAGUUUAAUGUACAUACUGAUGAGGAAUCGUUUUAAUGAACCAAGUGAAUUCCCCUUUGGGAAGCCAAUUUCCAAAGAGGAUAAUAUAUGAAUAUCUAUAAUAAUCAGUGAAUAUCAUAUAUAUUUACAGUAUAUAUAAUAAUUGGUUAAUAUCAUAUAUUAAUGUACUGUAUUAUACAUUAUAUUUCCUGCAAAUAGCUCUCAUUAUUCAUUACAGUCAAGACAUUUAAUCAGUAAGUGGAGAGGAGAUAGUGAAUUUACAUGUUAUUUCAUAGAAGAUGAUUAUAAAUUCAGGUUGUCUGUUUCAGUAACAUUACCAAUUAUUUAUCAGUGAGUUUCUUGAACAUCAUCUGUCGUUAUGUUGUUAGUUUCGUAACAUAGCAAUGGUAAUAAGUCCUUGGGGUUGAUGGACUUUUAUUGUUUCCUGUCUCCGUUAGGACAAUAUGAAAUAUGCCUUAAAGGAUGCCUAGUUAGUAUGUUUCUAUUUGUUACAUAUUGUUAGUUAUUGCAUCAUGUAGGCAAUACUUUCUGGGCAUUAUUUUAUGCCUAAUAUAUCUCAUACAAUCAAUAUUUUUAUUCUUAAAUUUGAUAUUCAAUACAUUUGAAGCCAUUUAUCUCGGUCCACUUGUGGGAAAAUAUUUAAAAUUGUUUUUAAUAAAAAUACUGGAAUGUGUAUUAGUAAUUUAAUGACUCAUUAAAGUUUAACCAAAUUUAUGUCUAUAUUUACACUUGUCUAUUGUCUCGCAUUUCAACGUGAGAAGCUUCCUGUGGUUCAUUUACCAUUAUUCUAGCAUUCAUUAUUUUUUGAAAACAGAAUCUGAUAAUGGGUAGUGUAUAUUUAAAAUUUGGCCUGAUAUAUUGUGUGGCACCAUCAUAUAAUUGUAUGUGUAUUACAUAAUGUUUUAAUCUUAAUAUUAUAAUGAUUGUAAAUUUUGUGGUAUUUUGUAAUAAUAUAAUGAAUGUAAGCGCCUGUAUCUUUCAGUUUGCAGCUCCUGUUUUUGGUACAGCUAUAGCAUAAUACAGAACCUACAACACUGGAGUAAAUAUUAUUAAGUAUAAGGACUACCUACAGCAAACUACCCAAAAUAGAAUUAAGUAUAUAUCAUAGAAGAACGUCACUUGAGCUCAGGUAAUACUAUACAGUAAUCUUUAACAAUACUUUCACCUAUCAGUUUAAAUACAGUACGCACAUUGAGACACAUCAAUAUGACUUUGGUUUUAUCUUAAGACAGUAUGGUUAUGUGAAUACCCUUGUUCCUUCCCUUCCCUUCCCUUCUCCCAUUUCAACAUUCAUGGUGCUCAAAACUAUUCAUUGAAAAUUCAAUGUGUUAACUGUGUGUGUAAACAAUAAAUAUAUCUUUGCCCAGC